GAGAUAACGGAAGGAAAGGACCAGAAGGAAGGAGAGCUGGGAAUCGUGUAUCCCGGCUGUCUCUGUAGAAUAGGAGAUCUGAGCAGAUUCUCUGACUGGUGACCCAGUCUGUCCAGGAAAUUGAAGACAACCCAAGGACCAGUGAGCCACUUCGGAAAGCCCCGAAUCCAGGGUGCUUGGGAGAUGCCUCUGGUCACCGGCCGCAGAAAAGGAAUCCGCAGAUACCCCAGUGAAAUUACCAAACACUCCUUGGAAAAUAUCUUACCGCAACUGAAAUGUCACUUUACCUGGAAUUUAUAUGAUGAAGAAAGUUCCUUACAAGAUUUAGAAGACAGAGUCCGCGAUCAGGUAGAAUUUCUAAACACAGAAUUCAAAACAAUCAUGUACAAUCUCUUUGCCUAUGUUAAACACCUCAGGGGCCAGCAUGGGUUGGCUCUGGAAUACCUACAGCGAGCUGAGGAGUUUAAUCAGCAGCAGCAGGCCCACCAAGGCAAAAUCAGAAGCCUGGUCACCUGGGGCAACUAUGCGUGGAUUUACUAUCACAUGGGCAGACUCCCAGAAGCGCAGGCUUACAUCGACAAGGUGGAAAAUCUCUGCAAGACAUUUGCAAGCUCCUAUAGAAUCGAAUGCCCUGAGAUUGACUGCGAAGAAGGAUGGGCACUUUUAAAAUGGGGAGAAAAAUACUAUGAACGGGCAAAGGAGUGUUUUGAGAAGGCUCUGGAAGGGAAACCCACCAAUCCUGAGUUCUCCCUGGGAUUGGCAAUCACUCUGUAUCGCCUGGGUGAUGAAACACGAACAGAAAACACCAUUCACCUCCUGAGGCAGGCCAUCCAGCUGAAUCCUAACAACCAGUAUGUUAAUGUUCUCCUGGCUCUGACUCUUCAAAAGGUCAAGAACAAAGCCGAAGUGGAAGGAGACAAGUUGGUUGAAGAGGCCUUGAAGAAAACGCCGUGUCCAACAGACGUACUCUGUAGUGCUGCUAAAUAUUAUCGGAAUAAAGGCUCCCUGGACACAGCUAUAGAAUUGCUGAAAAAGGCACUAGAAUCAGUGCCUAACAAUGUCUACCAGCAUCUCCAGAUUGGAUGCUGCUACAGAGCAAAAAUCAGACAAAUACAGAGGUCAAGAAAGUGCACCACUAAUGAGGAUGAGGAAGAACUACGGGAAAUACUGAAAAAUGCUGUGGAUCAUUUUAAGAAAGUGGUCGAGUUGAACGUUAACCUCCCCCGGGCCUGCUCAGACCUUGCCUGCCUGUAUGCCAUCACAGGUCAGUACGAUGAGGCAGAGUAUUAUUUCCAGAAGGAAUUCAGUAGGGAUCUCCCUCCUGCCGAGAGACAAGUGCUCCACCUGCGGUAUGGCAACUUCCAGCAGUACCAGAGGCUGUGCGACGCCUCCGCCAUCCACCAUUACCUGGAGGGCUUGAACAUACGCGGGUCAUUGACCGAGAAGGGAAAACUGAUCAUAAACCUAAGAAGAAUCGCCAAUAAACGACUCUCUGAAAAUGCCUCGGAUGCCGUGGGGUGGCAACUGUCCAGGUUCAUCCAUGAACUGAAUAGAAAAGGGGUUCCGACAGCUGGAGGCCCUGGGAGAGGACUGGGAGGCCUGAUGGGCAAUCCGGCCUCAGAUCCUGGCAGAUUUGGCCCUUCUGGGUCUCUGGAUGGGAAGGGUAGUAAUGAUACCUCAGAGGGUAAGGGUGGGACCCACUACCCAGAAGAGGCCCAAGGGAGACCUUCCUACCAGGUCUCUGGGCUUCAGAGGGAGGAGGAGGGAAAGAAGAAAGAGAAGUAGAACUGGUUUGUUAGUCGUGAGAGGGAGGAGCAAAGGGAGACAGGCCCCAACUGGGGAGAGCUGGGCCCAUGACUGGACUUUUCACUUGUUUCUCUCUCUUCCAGGUUCUAAGAAUGCUCAUCCCAAUGUAGAAAUUUAUAAUCUGUCAUGUGGAUUUUGAGCAAAAGCUCCUUUAACAAAAGCACUUGCUUUGAGACUAUGUGACCCUGAUUUAUUCUUAUGGUGCACCAGACUCCCUAGGUGACUCUCACCCAGUGCUUUGCACAUUGGCUGGUACACAGUAGACCCUCCGUAUUUGCUGAAUAACAAGAGACUAGAACUCCCCUGGUGACUGGUCCCACCGCCUGUCUUCUUAAACUCCAAAAUGGAUUCUGUAUAAAUCAGUUUUUAGUGUUCAUAAAAUAGAAAUCAUAAAAUUAUCACAAGAAUUCUUUAGAUAAUUAUUUUUUAAAUCUUGGGGUUUGGGAGUUAUAUGUAUGAAACAAAAUACCAAACUAUUAAUAAAUUCAGCUAUGUUAAAAUAUAGAUAUAUUAAAAUAUAUCUUUGCAUGAAGACAGUACUUUAAAACAUCA